GCCCUCCUGUCACGUCGUGACGCUGACACCCAGACGCGUGUGCUAUCCAAGAUUGAACAGGACCCCGACUCUACUCUGCAGAUAUUGACGGCCAAACGUCAGUGGCUCAAGAAUCUUAAAAAUGAUUCUGCGAUCGUGGAGAAACCCAGUUCCUCGUUUGCCGCCAAUAAUGUUAAUGCUGUCACUCGGACGAAGUCGAUCCCGCCACAGAAGUCCCAAGAUCCCACACCCAGCGAACCAAUAUCAGCGAGCUGGCAGUGUGCUGAUGAUCACAUCGGUCAAAAAGGCUAUGACACAUUUCUCCGGCUCAUAAAUAAGCUUCAAUGUGAGGCUUCCUUUAAUGGCAUUCAACUCAAGGGAAGAUGCUUCUUUACCAACCGUCGGAAGAUUGAAUUAAUUGGCCUUGACUGGAUCAAGAAACUCGGUCUCCUGGAUUUGCCACUUCAACGCUUUUGCAAUGGUGUGCACUUAACUUGGCCGAGUCUCGCCAAAUUGAAUCAGCUCACGACAACUCUGCUGUCAGCGUGUCCAUCUCCUGCCAAGGUGCCCAAGGAGAAGAAGGAGCAGGAACCGGGAGAGAAAGCACCAGCGGCUUCUGAGCCCUGUCAAACACCUGGUCGGCUAACUCGCAGCGGCGCGCGAGAAAGACGUGAUGCCCCAACAACGUCCCCAUCCUCCAAUACCCCGACUGCCGCCGACUCCCCAGACCUCUCUGCGAGGAGCCCCAGGGCCAAAGAGGCAGGAACUCCAGCCUCUAGACGAUCAGGUCGGAAAAGAAUGCGAGCGGUUCCGUUACAAGUGAACCCGCAACUCAAAUCUUACGAUAUGUCUUGA